UUCAAACAAGCCGCGUCACUCGUCUCGAGGGCAGCGCUGUACCUCUUUUCAGGUUGAGUGCGCGACGAGUCGCAUCUGGAAUACGGUUUUGAUUUACGCCCGCAUCGGAGACGCAACCUGCUCGCAAAAUCUCCCUCCCCCGAUUCCCAGACCGCAUGAUCCCUCUCAUGUAAAAGGUUGUUUUUUUGUUUUUUUUAAAAAAUUGUUAUUAUACGUGGGCAGUUCACUGGAAGUCACGCAAAUGUUAAAAUAGUGCCGAAUGCGUUAUUUUAUGUUCCGUGUGGUGCCCGCACUCCAACAGUCCGCUACAGUGAGAAGAUGGCGUCGGAAGGAACGAAAGGGGAGCAGCCACCUCCGGUACAAACGCUGGUAACCGCUGUCCAUGGAAGUGUUGAAGCGAAAUGUGAGCUGAACAUGGAUAAUCUAAGUAAACCGGAGCUUCUGACCCUGCUCAGCAUCAUGGAAGGAGAACUGGAAGCACGAGACCUGGUCAUUGAGGCGCUCAGGGCUCGAAGAAAAGAAGUGUUCCUGCAAGAGCGCUAUGGGCAUUUCAGCUUGACUGACCCGUUCCUCGCCCUGCAGAGAGACUGCGAGUCAGGGGCGGGGCAGAAGGAGCACCGGCCCGUCAGCUCCAGUCCCAUCAGCGUGUUGGAGGCCGUUAUGGCCCACUGCCGUAAGAUGCAGGAGAGGAUGUCCUCCCAGCUGGCCGCCGCAGAGAGCAGGCAGAAGAGGCUGGAGAUGGAGAAGCUACAGCUGCAGAGUCUGGAGCAGGAGCACCGGAAGUUGUCGGCACAGCUGAAGGAUGAGCGCGAGAAGAACAAGCACGUGGUGAUGAUGCUGGUGCGUGAGUGUAAGCAGCUGGCAGCACGCGUGGUCGAGGAGAGCCAACGUUUUGAGGAGCUCUCCUUGCGAUCCGAGCAGGAGGGCCGUUCCUUGGGCCGCAUGGAGGAGGAGCUCGCGGCCGAGCGGCGCCGAAGCCAGCAGAUGGAGGCGGAGAUGGAGAAGCAGCUGGCGGAGUUCGACACGGAGCGCGAGCAGCUGCGAGCCCGGCUAAGCCGUGAGGAGAGCCGCACCUCUGAGCUGCGCACAGAGAGUGACAGCCUCCGCCAGCAGGUGGAGCAGCUCAGGACUGAGCGGGGGAAGGACGCCCUGCCACUGGCCCCAGUGGCAACUCCCGCACCCGCACCCAUGCUCAAACCCAAGAGCACAGUGUCAGUGGCUGUGGGCACAGAGGUUAACUGCAGGGCAAUUGCUUCUCAGACAGACCUGCUGCCUGAGCAUGAGGUGCCCAAGAAGGUGCCACUGACCAUCCCUGUCAAGCCCACAGGUGCCAACUAUACUGGCAUGAAUCUACCCAAGACCACCACUACUGGGAGGGGAUUGCAUCAUGGGAGCUCUCAGGCCGAGAAUGGAGGAGAGGGGCAGGUGGCGCCGAACCCAGCUCAUGGUUUACACUCACCUGGUACUGCUGCCACCCUACCCACAGGGGUGAGUCCCCGUGUCCAGGCAGCCCGCUACAAAUUCCAGCCCUCGGCCUCAGAACAGGACCAAAACGGCAUAGCCAACCAGAGCCCACCGCCACGGGACCUGUCUCCCACCAACCGAGACAACUUUGCCGCAAAACAGCAGGCACGUCACACAGUCACACAGGUCCUCUCGCGAUUCACCAGCCCACCAGCAGGGGGCCCCCCUGCAACCCUUCGGCCUGGCCUGUCCCACUCUACUUCAGAGGGCGGACCCUUUGCUGGAAGAUUGGGCCAUCCACAGAUAGGCAUCAAGUCACCAACUGUGGCACGCAUCGAUCGGGGCAACCCACCUCCUAUCCCGCCCAAAAAACCUGGACUGUCUCAGACACCAUCCCCUCCUCACCCGCCAAUCAAAGUAGUUGGCGAGGCCAGCAGGUCACCGGGGGCUGGACUGGGGGUGGGGCCUGCCAAGUCGGCCACCACCCCACAGCUCCCUCCCAAGCCUGCCCUGGACCUAGGGGGUGUGGUCCCAGCCUUGACUGCGUCUCAGGUGGGUGCGCCCAAAGCUGGCAGGCAACGGGGGCUGCAGCCGGCGGCAGCAUGCGUGGAUUGUCCCCCUGUCACCACCACCACCUCCUCCAUUGCUACCAUUGUCAGUAGCCCGUCUGUAAACCCCACUAGCCUUCCAUCCCAUAGCGCCCAGCAUCCGGGCAGCCCCCUGGCAGCAGCAUCAGGCUGGUGUCCCUCCAUAGACCCUCCACUAGCCUGCGGUGACCCCGUCCCCCUGGAUGACGGGCACACCCUUUUGCUCCAAGCUGCUUCCCAGGGAAAUGUCACUUUAUUGUCUAUGCUGCUUAAUCAAGAUCCACCAAUGGAUAUUAGUCACCUCCAACAAGACCUGACCUCUGCCUUGUUUUCUGCUGCUCGAAACGGACACACAGAAUGCUUGAACCUGCUGCUGACUUUGGGGGCGUGUCCUAAUGCUCCUGAUGUAAACGGAUUCACGCCCUUACACAUAGCUGCUAUAGGUGGCCACCAUGGGUGUGUGCGUGCUCUCUUGGGCCAUGGUGCUGAGGUAGACUGUGAAUGUGUAGGGGGGCGGACGCCACUCUUCCUGGCCUGCGAGCAUGGAAGCACGGAGUGUGUGAGAGUGCUGCUUGAUGCUGGAGCGGACCGCUCACACAUCACUGCUGAUAACUGCACUGCUCUUCAUGCCACAGUAAGUCUGGGCCAUGUUGGUGCCCUCAGGCUCCUGCUGUACCACCCGUCUCCUGGGCCUGGGACGGGCGACCCAGCAGGCAACCUGAGCAACCCAGACCCCCGCCGCCCACACACGUGCCUGCCCAUUACCCGCCACAUCCUCAAUCACACCAACCAGGAUGGCUGGACUGCUGCCCAUAUUGCUGCAUCCAGGGGUUACAAGAAAUGCCUGGAGGUUUUGUGUACCCACGGCCAACAGGACAUUGAGAAAAGGGACAAAUGCAACCGCACAAUACAUGACGUGGCCACAGAUGACUGCAAAGAGUUGCUGGAGAACCUGGACUGCUACAGGGUGGCAGUACAGGUGCACACUGGCUCCCGGGAACACCUGUGUCCUGUCGAUCUCUUGGAGGACGGCCCCAACAUUGGCACAGUUGCCAUCCAGCGCCACACCAGCUGGACAGAGUUAGGGCAGAUGCUAAGUCAACUUUUAGCCAGUCACCUCCAUCUGGUAUGUGGGAGCUGGGAUCUGCAGGAGAGCGUAGGAGGAGUGGAGACAUCCCUUGGCUUGUCCUCGGACAGCAUUGCCUCUGUGAAGAUAGGUGAAACUGAGUGGCUGCUUGGCCGGGAGCUGGCGCAGUCGCCUUGGGAUCUGAUCCGGAAGCGUCUGAGCCAGCGUGUCUCCAUCUUCCUGAAAGGCCUGGCAGAGUGCGCUCUAGAUCAGAUGACCUAUGACUCUCUCAUUCCACUCCAGCUGCUGCAGAACUAUGUCCGCCUGGUCGAACAGUAUCGCAAUGUCAUUUUCCACGGUCUUGAGGGGAGCUUUCAGGAGUAUAUCGCCAACCAGAUUUCCCACCAUAUCAAGCACCGCAAGGAGGCUGUGGGAAUAGGCUGUGACAUCAUCCAUGUGGCAAUAGAGGAGAACCUAUCUAAGAACCAGUUGCUGGAGACUUUCAUCAACUGUGGGUUCCUGGUGCCUGCGCGGGAGGAUGCGGCAGGACAGUGCGUGAUUGUCAUACUGGAGGGGCUGGAGAGAGCCCACUCACUCAGCCACAUGCUGGACGACCUGUGCGAGGCUCUGGAGAACCGCGGCUUGCUCUACUCGCUCUCCCUCGGCCAUGGUGCAGAGGGGCUGUACUACUUCCAGGAGGGCAGUUUUCUGAUCGGCACCCUGGCCAGGCCACGGCUGCUGGGCCCCGAGCUUCGACUGCAGCAGCACUUCCGCUGGGUGCAGCUACGGUGGGAUACAGAGCCCCUCAGCGGCAUGCUGGGUCGCCACCUCCGCAGGAAACUCCUUCACCAGACUCAGGGUGAGAAUUGGGCCACUGACGACUCCAUGCAAAGAGCACUCUCCUGGGUGUGCUCGGUCUGGUACCAGCUCAACGGCUGCCUCUCUCGCCUGGGGACCCCUGAGGCCCUCCUAGGCCCGCACAUCUUCCUCUCCUGCCCAGUCCUACCACAGCAGACACACGCCAUCGUAAAGUGGCUGUCACACCUGUGGAACAUGGUGGUGGUCCCACGUGUCGAGGAUGCCGUCAUCUCCAGGGUGACUGCCAAGCGCGCCCAAUCCCAGCGACAGUCUCCCAGCAACAAGGGCUUGAGCCCAGGGCAAAGGGCUGUGGUCCGAGCAUCUCUCAGCAUUCUCCUGAACAAGGCCAUGCUGCAGGGCUGUCCGCUGGCCCAUUCAGAGAUGGACGGGCUCCUGCCAGAGUUCCGAGGGGGGUGUUUCCCACUCUGCUCCAUUAGCUCCUCCUACAGGAAAGGUGGGCGAAAGGGGCGUGAUGGUGGUGCAUGGAGAAGAUCCAACACUAGUCCACGAAAGAAAGGUUCCAGUGCUGGGAUACCAUCCAGUAGCUCCGCACGAGAAGGCUCUGUGGCCAAUUCAGAUGUCCACCUACUGUCAAAUGUCAGUCAUCCCAGACUCGGUGAUGGAGACUCUGUCACUCUUGCUCUCUACUCUGAUGAUGAGAGUGAUCUGAUCAAGGAGCUGCAGACCAUGUGCUCCAGCAAGUCCGAGCCAGACAUAAGCAAGAUUGUUCUGUCCCAAGAGGACUUUAUCAUGCUCCCUGGCUCAAUUCUACCAACUCCACAAAGGACAGCUGAGCAGGGCUACACUGACAUCCAGCCACAGGCUGUAAGGGUGGAGAGUUGUGUAGAGGUUGCCCAGCCUCCACAGCAGCAGAUUGACAGUAGCCUUUCAGCAGGCAGCCACGGCUCACCUCGGUGUUUGGCCAGGCCCAAGUCUCAGCUCCCUGUCCCCACCAGCAGGGGGCAGCAGCAGACCCCAAGCAGCACCCAGCGAGCCACUACCUCCAUCAGCAGCAGUACCCGUUCCCCCCAUGCCCACAGCAGCAACCCCAGCAGAACCCAUACGAGCAGCAGAACGAGGCAGGCCCCGCCCAGCAACAACAGAAUCAACCAAUCAGAAGAGGAGACCUGGAUACUGAACUCCAGCUUGCAUGAAAAUUACAGUAACCAUAAAUAGACUCUCCCUUCCCAAGCCCAUAUCCCCAUUCUGUAAACUCCCUCCAUGUUGUGAAUUAUGUUACUGAAAGCCUUUUAAUAUUUACACAUUGUCUAUACUUGUUAUACUAUAUUACCUUGUACCUUACCGUGUACUUGGGGACCAUGGUUUUAUUAUAAUACACUGUUGAAGUAUUGAGAUUGAAAGAAGUGUUUGCGAAAGUAGCAGGUGAAGGCUAAUAAAAGAAGUGCUUCGUCAGCUUUUGCCUUUUAGGUGAAAAUAUUGUGGAUCAAAGGAAAAGCAGACAGUCUUUUUUGCUAUUAAGCAUUUUUCAAGUAUUUUAUGUUUUAAGUAGUUGCAAGAUUGGUUUUAAACAAUGUUGAAAUUAAUCAGGGUUUUACCAAAUAUGUGUAAAUAAAAAAGUGGGAACUUAAAUGUUAUAUAGACUAGUGUAUGUGGUAUUGAGCUUGUACACUGAAGAACCUAAAAGAAAAAAAGAACUGUACAUAAUGUUUGUAAUAUUAAUUUUUUGUUGAUAUUUUUCACUUGUUUCAAAGUGAAUGUGGCAAUAAGUAAUGUCCUUGCAAUCACAGGUUUUCUUUUGUCUGUGAAGCCAUAAGAAGUUUCAUUUAUUCAUGGAAUGCGUGCUGAAUUAUAACAUGCUUGAACCUGUGGGGGAGCCUCCUCUGAAAUUUGAGACAGCACGCAUCACAUUCAUUUUCGAUCGAUUGUUCUUCGGUAACAAACACUUAGGAUAAUCAAGUAUUAUUUUAAAUUCACCAUUGUUCAUAUGUACAGAAGAGACUAUAGUCGACCACUGAUGUUGAAUUGUAGGAUAGUUGUCUGAUGAGGUUCAGAGAGUUGUCCUGUUUCCUCUAAGCACAACGAUUAAAAAUGCACUGUUAGCCCAA